CUUGUCUUUUUGAAGAGAGAGGGAACUUCUCCACCUUCCUCUCUCCUUCCUCUCCCUCCUUAACGUCAAGAACCCUCGAGCUACCAAACCCUAGCACGGCUCCCCGCUCGUCUAGGGUUUGGGAUCGCAGGGUUCGAUCUCGCCGCGUGGGAGAAAGAUGGGGUUCCGGAUCGAUAAAGCGGCAGGAGAGAGGGAUCUGGAGAUGGGGUCCGCGAGCCUCAGCCCCAGCCAGAAGUCUAACCCCUCCACGUCGGCGCUGCCGUCGCCGGCGGCGGCGCCGGCACUGGUGCUGUCGAAUUCGGGGAAGCGGAUCGACCAGGCGGGGAAGAAGAAGUAUGUGAAGCAGGUUACGGGGCGGCGCAACGACACGGAGCUCCACCUGGCGGCGCAGCGCGGGGAUUUGGCGGCCGUGAGGCAGAUUCUGAGGCACAUAGAUACCGAGAUGACGGGUAUUGCAGAGGGGGCCGAGUUCGUGAACGAUACCAACAAGGUUGGGGAGACGGCGCUGAUUAUUGCGGCGGAGAAGGGGCAUCUUGACGUGGUGGUGGAGCUGCUCAAGUAUUCGGAUAGGGAGAGCAUCUCGACCAAGAACAGGUCGGGCUAUGAUGCUUUGCAUGUGGCCGCAAGAGAAGGGCACCAAGCCAUCGUGCAGGUAUUUUUGGAACAUGAACCGACACUUAGCAACACAUUGGGCCCUUCAAAUGCAACUCCCCUCAUAUCUGCCGCCACAAGGGGUCACACUGAAGUGGUCAAGCAGUUACUAGAUCAGGAUUUUGGUUUGGUUGAGCUGUCUAAAACCAACGGGAAAAAUGCUUUGCAUUUUGCAGCCCGACAAGGACACGUAGAAAUUGUAAAGGCCUUGCUAGAUAAAGACCCACAGCUAGCCCGAAGAACUGAUAAAAAAGGCCAGACUGCUUUGCACAUGGCUGUAAAAGGAACAAACAGUGAUGUUGUUAAGGCACUUGUGGAUGCUGAUCGAGCCAUAGUGAUGCUGCCAGACAAAAAUGGUAUCACUGCUCUGCAUGUGGCAACAAGGAAAAAACGAGCAGAGAUAGUAAAUGUUCUAUUACUCCUGCCAGACACACAUGUGAAUGCAUUGACAAGAGACCGUAAGACUGCACUUGAUAUUGCAGAAGGGCUUCCUCUCUCUGAAGAAUCUGCAGAGAUUAAAGAUUUUUUAUCUCGCUAUGGUGCUGUCAGAGCCAAUGAAUUAAAUCAGCCUAGAGAUGAGCUUCGGAAGACUGUUACAGAAAUCAAGAAAGAUGUUCACACACAACUGGAGCAAACUAGAAAAACAAAUAAAAAUGUGCAUGGGAUAGCUAAGGAGCUCAGGAAACUGCAUAGGGAGGGCAUAAAUAAUGCCACGAACUCUGUAACAGUGGUUGCUGUGCUCUUUGCCACGGUGGCAUUUGCAGCUAUCUUCACGGUGCCAGGUGGAAACGAUAAUGAUGGGGUCGCAGUAGCUGUUCAUGCUCCUUCCUUCAAGAUAUUUUUCAUCUUUAAUGCUAUAGCUCUGUUUACAUCAUUGGCAGUGGUGGUGGUGCAGAUAACAAUUGUAAGAGGGGAAACAAAGUCGGAGAGGAAGGUUGUGGAAGUGAUUAACAAAUUGAUGUGGUUGGCUUCAGCAUGCACUACAGUUGCUUUCAUUGCCUCCUCCUAUAUUGUUGUGGGUCGCCAUUUCCAGUGGGCUGCAAUACUUGUUACACUGAUAGGAGGAGUGAUAAUGGCUGGGGUUCUUGGGACCAUGACUUACUAUGUGGUGAAAUCAAAGCAUGUCCGAAGGAUCAGGAGGAGGCAGAAGUCAUCAAAGAGAAGCGUCUCGAACUCAUGGCAUCCCAACUCUGACAUCUCAGACUCUGAUAUUAAUCCAAUUUAUGCCAUUUGAAGAGUGAAGGUGGGGGUUUCUGACUGGAUAUCAUACAUUAUUUCUGUUUGUAUCUGAUAAUGGAUGCUGGGUGGAGCUGUAAAAUUAUCCACUUACUGGUGCAGCCUGUGAUUAGGGCUUCAAUGCGCAUGUAAUAACCGUACUUAACCAGGGAUAGCUGAUAUUCAUUCCCAAAAGUCUGGGAGAUGGAAUCUUGAUUCUUGUCAUAGUUGAAAUGAUUCACACGGCAAUACGUGAAGGUUGACAGGACAUUACGGUUCUUUUGAAUAAUGACAGAAGGUCAUUUGCAUUUAUAAUCUCUUUCUUGGUUGAGGAAUAUUAAGUGGUCUGGAAUAUCAGAUGUCGAGUUGUUAUAUAGUAUGCAUGCAAUUUUAAAUUGACUGGUUUGUGUUGUGGUGUAUCAACUACACCAAUUGUAUAUUAGUAUUGUACUUAAUUUUUUUUAAAGCGCAUCUUGUAAAAGUUCUUGAUGGUU